CUGAGCGCAGCAAGUAGCAGUGCUGUAUAGCGCCAGUGUAGCCAAGGCCUCAGGCAGAGGAGGCUGGUGUUAGUCUCUGCUCAUAUUAUUAGAGCCUUAGAGUUAGUUGAGCUUCCUGGGUCAGAUGUUGCCUCCUGCAUCAUGAUCUGGGAGCCCAGACUGAGCAGCUGCUGCUCCCUAGCAGGGUCUGUUCUGGGAGAGACCUUCAUUAAAGCCCCCUCUGUGCCCAGCCCAGAUGGGGAUGUUCCCCGGUGGCUGGAACCAGGACCCUGGGGCCAGUAACAUAGCUAGCGGGGUGCAGGGGAAGUAGCCGCUUCCCCUCAGCACAUUUCCCAAAAGCGGCGCUUGCCGGGCCGGUGCUGGAGGCAGCAUUGCCGGAGGAGCCAUGGGGAGGGGGGCAGCAGGUGCGGUCAGAGGAGCGAGGGGGCCGGCUCCUUGGCCAUUGCGCCCCACGCUCAGUGCGGCCCCAACAUCGCCGCAGGUGCAGCCACCUCCUGCAGCGGCUCAGGGCUCGGCGGCCAAGUGCUCCCCGCCCUGAGCCAGAGCUGGGAUCUGCCCACGGCGCGGGGCCGGGAUCGGACAGGGACAGGGGGCAGUGCAGAACGGAAGGCUGCAGAACCACAUCCACAUUUUGCUCCAGAUCCUCCCAUCUUCCCAGGAGACAGAGUAGGGACCUAGAUGUGGUGGAUCCAGCUCAGGAUUCCCCAUUCCCAAACCUGCCCUGAUCACUAGGCUGGAAAGAGGGGAAGAGCCAUUGGUCCCAGAUCUCCAGACCGCCAAAGAAAUGGAGAUCCUGUGAGGCACCUGCACAGCAGGUGAUAGGACAAUGAGUGAGAACAAUGAGGAGAAUCAACAGCAGGAAGUUCCUGGGAAAGUGGAACCACAGGGGAGGUUUUUGAGAAGAGCUGAAGGGAUUUUUUCCCAGUGCUUGGAACAGGGGAAAGCCUGGGGAAAUCGUCACAGGUCAGAGAGGCACCUGGGAAACCAUCCAAGGAAGAAAGUGGAUGAAUCCAUUCAAUAUGGGGGAGGAUGCACAAAUCCCAAGAAAACCACAGCCCAGCAGACAAAUCACAAGGAAGAGAAACCCUACAAAUGCCUUGACUGUGGGAAAAGGUUCAGUUGGAGUACAAACCUUCUUACACAUUGGAGAACCCACACAGGAGAAAAAUCCUAUAAGUGCCUGGACUGUGGGAAAAGCUUCAGUGAGAAGUCAUACCUUAUUACGCACCAGAGAGUGCACACAGGAGAGCGACCCUAUAAAUGCCUUGAGUGUGAGAAAAGAUUUAGUCAGAGGUCAUACCUUAUUACACACCAGAGACUGCACACAGGAGAGAGACCCUAUAAAUGCCUUGAGUGUGGAAAAAGAUUUAUUGAAAAUUCAUCCCAUACUAAACAUGGGAGAAUCCACACAGGAGAAAGACCCUAUAAAUGUCUUGAGUGUGGGAAAAGAUUCAGUUUGAAAUCAGCCCUUAAUGCACACCAGAGAAUCCACACAGGAGAGAAACCCUAUAAAUGCCUGGACUGUGGGAAAAGUUUUGCUCACAAUUCAGGCCUUAUUGCACAUCAGAGAAUACACACAGCAGAGAAGCCCUAUAGAUGCUUGGACUGUGGGAAAAAUUUCAGCCACAAAUCAAACCUUACUAGACAUUGGAGAAUCCACACAGGAGAAAGACCAUGUUAAUGUGAAAAGAACAGGAGUACGUGUGGCACCUUAGAGACUAACAAAUUGAUCUUUUUGCGGAUACAGACUAACACGGCUGCUACUCUGAAACCAUGUUAAUGUAGGAAAUGUUUCAUUCAGAAAUCAACCCUUGUUACACAUCAGACAACCCACACUGGAGAGAGACCCCAUAAGUGCUUGGACUGUAGGAAAAGCUUUAGCCACAGCUCAUACCUCACUAGAUACUGCAGGAACCACACGGAGGAAAUACCCUAUACAGGGCCGCCCAGAGGAUUCAGGGGGCUUGGGGCAAAGUGGGGGAGCAGACAUAAAAAAAGGCACCACCCGCUGCGGUGCUUGUACUCACCGGGUGGCGCUCCGAGUCUGCAGCGCUGAAGGACCAGCUGCUGAAGACCCAGAGUGACUGAAGGGCCCGCCGCCGAAGUGCCGCCGAAGACCCGGACCGCCACCAUGAUCGGCCAUGAGUGAUCCAUAUAACAGAGAGACUUCAAAUAUGGGGAAAGCUUCAAUUGGUUGCUCCCAUAGUAUCAAGCAUCAGUAAAUGCACACAGGGAAGAGCCCCCUCAGAUAUCCUCAGUGUGGAAAACGCUCCAAGUGGAGCUAACACCAUAUUGGACACCAGAGACUCCUCCAUACUGGAGGAAAAUUUUCUCAGUGCCCUGACUGGGGCUGGCCAUAGUAAAAACUUCAUUUCCUAAUUCCCACACACAGCAGUGGCAUUUGGCUCCCAAGGAUCCACCUGCCCAUCGCUACGGUGAGGAUACAGCAGCAGCUGAGCAUCAGCUGGUCAUUGACCCUCUGGCUCUGCCUGGUCUAAGCAAACCCCAAGCAGUGGAGGAGAAGUCCUGAUCAGUCCCAUCUCCCUGCUGCAGCCUUGGCUGCUGAACUGAUGGGCCACAGGUGGGGGAAGGGAGAGACAGAAACUCCUCAAGACACUACCUCUGCUGGCUGAAGUUCCCCCCUCUCCCUUCCCUUCCCAGAUGUGAUCCCUGUUCCAUGGAGAUAAAGAGAAGGACACUUAGGGCAGACCCCACCUUCCAUCUAGACACCUGUCCCCACCC